AUGGAUUAUUGUAUGUGUGAAUCUGUUGGAGGAUCUGGAUCCACAACGUCUGGUGAUCUGCGGAGACUUGAACCUGGUGAUCCGACAACACGAGGUAAGAUUGAUUGUAAGGCACCGGGUUUGACACAAUUACACCAGCGGCUUUGGAUCGACUACGUACAUGGCCGGGUCACGAUCUGUUACAUGUUAAACGAGAAUGGAAUGGUAAGCGUCGCUCUGCAACGACAAUGUGGGAUCGAGGUCCCGUCUGAAAAGGAGAUCGAGGAUCUAGUAACUUUGAACCGGUUGGAUGAGAUCCUGAUAGUAAAGAUCAAAGGCAAGAUCGCCCAGAUAUCUGCUCUAACGACCCGAUCUAAAGCUAGAUCAGGAGUACCUAUGGGAUCUGAUCCAGAUUCAUUGCGUGAAGAAGUCAAGUAUUUGGUCGGAGAGAUUCGGGAUCUGACACAAGAAGAUGUCAAGUCGGAUCUACGCUUUUAUUGCCCGACGACUAGUGAUGCCGCCGUGGAUCGAGACAAGUCGAUGCGAUUGGUGAUACCUGAGAUGCUUCAACAGGACAUUUUGUAUCACUACCACACGAGCUUGCAGGGUGGCCAUCACGGAAUCGGUCGUACCUAUGAUCGGGUUCGUGACCAUUUCCAAUGGAGAGGGCUGUACAAGAGUGUAAAGCGAUAUGUGGGAGAAUGUGUUGAUUGUGAAAUGGGUAAAGGACGACCUCGGAUCCAGGGUGAUUCACCGGGGAACCUCCAGGCAACAUACUCAUUCCAGAACAUCGCCAUGGAUCACAUACCUUCGCUGCCUAGCUCCUUCAAUGGCAAUACAGAGCUGUUGAGCUUCGUUGAUCGAUAUGGGAUCGGCAAGGCCUGCGUCUCUAGAUCUGCACAAACGAUCACUGAGACGUACGAAGAAUGCGCUUUUUUCAGAUUUGGUGCGAGGGAGGUGAUCCGGCAUGAUCCAUCCUUCAACAAGAUCCUGGGUCAACGCCAUCGUGCCACUAUGAAUUAUCGACCCCAAGCAAACAGAUCUGCAGAACGUAUAUUCCAGACGACUGCCAGGACUCUUAAGAUGAUCUGGAUCAACGAGAUUGGGACGAAUAUGUCGAACGGCACACCUUCGCGAUCAAUAACGCAAGAGAUCGGAUCCGAGGUGAAACGCCUUUCUACAUGA